GCAUCAUAGCACAAUUGUGGGGAAAAUUAGAAUCAAAACAGAUAAAAGCAAGAAAUGUUAGAAUACUAUAAAAGCAGUAAAUGUGAGAAUACUAAGGUUUUCUUUUUGUCUUUUUGCAUUGAAUUACUGUAUUGCUCUAAACCGGUGGUCGUUUUAAAGGUUUCAAAUUUUAAUAAAAUUAAAUUUAGUAAUAAUAAUAAUAAUAAUAAUAAUAAUGUUCCGGUCGUGUUUAGUAAAGAGAAACAAAUGUCGUGCCGGUUAGUAUUAAGCACAUUCUACAGGCUGAAAGAGAAACCGCGAUCAAGCGUUUUGCUGCAGUGCUGUCUAAAAUGUUGAAUAGGUAUCUGUCUUCUAAACCCAAAGCUCUUCGCUCUCUCUUUUACGCUCUCAUGCCAUCCAAGUCACACAAUCUCCAUCCGUUUUGUUCCUUCAAUGCAGCACGCUCGGACCCACCAUUGCCGGACCUCGUGAACGAUAUUUCUCGGGUGAUCAGCGACCACAGAAACCCCCACCACGACUUGGAACUCUCACUUACCAGUUUCUCAACCCAAAUAUCCACCAACCUGGUCGAGCAGGUCCUGAAGAGGUGCAAAAAUCUUGGGUUCUCUGCUCACAGGUUCUUUCUUUGGGCUAAAACGGUUCCGAAUUUUGUACACAGUGUUGAGAGCUAUCACAUUUUGGUAGAUAUACUUGGGAGUAGCAAACAAUUUGCUAUCUUGUGGGAUCUUCUUUUAGAUAUGAGAGAGUCUCGGUGUUGCGAGAUUAGUCCAGAAAAUUUCUGGGUUAUUUUUAGAGCAUAUAGUAGAGCUAAUUUGCCUCGUGACGCUAUUCGGGCAUUCAAUAGAAUGGUUGAGUUCGGAAUUAAACCCACGAUUCAUGAUCUUGAUCAGCUUUUAUAUGCUUUGUGCAAAAGGAAGCAUGUCAAGGAUGCCCAACAAAUUUUCGAUAAAGUUAAAAGUGGUUUUGAUCCGAAUGCGAAAACUUAUAGCAUUUUGAUAAGGGGUUGGGGUGAUGUUGGGGAUGCUAAUGAGGCUCGUAAGGUGUUUGAUGAAAUGGUUGAACGAGGAUGUUCUCUGGAUGUGCUUGCAUAUAAUAGUUAUUUGGAGGCGUUGUGCAAAGGAGGAAAUGUAGAUGAAGCAUAUAAGAUAUUCCAAGAAAUGGUGCCUAAAGCAGUUGACCCGGAUGCUUGGACAUACUCUGUUUUCAUCCGUGCUUAUUGUCAAGCCAAUGAUAUUCAUUCGGUUUUUAGGGUGCUUAAUAGAAUGAGGAGAUAUAAUCUUUUGCCCAAUGUGUUCACUUACAACUGCAUUAUCAAGAAACUCUGCAAGAUUGACAAGAUGGAAGAGGCUUACCAACUUUUAGAUGAAAUGAUCGAGAAGGGAGUUACACCGGACACAUGGAGUUACAAUGCAAUCCUGGCGUACCAUUGUGAUCAUUGUGAGGUUAACAUGGCUCUUAGGUUAUUAGCUAGAAUGGAAAAUGAUCAGUGCAUGCCUGAUCGCCAUACUUAUAAUAUGCUGCUCAAAAUGCUGAUCAGGGUAGGGAGGUUUGAUAGGGUAGCUGAAGUUUGGGAUGGUAUGGGGGGAAGGGGAUUUUAUCCUUCUGUUUCGACAUAUACUGUCAUGAUUCAUGGCCACUGUCAUAAGAAAGGUAAACUAAAGGAGGCAUGCAAAUAUUUUGAGAUGAUGAUUGAUGAAGGAAUACCACCAUAUUCAUCUACUGUUGAGCUGUUAAGAAACCAGCUUUUGGGCUUAGGAUUUCUUGAGCAGAUUGAGAUAAUCGCAAGUAAAAUGGAUCGGAGCACUUCUUGCUCAAUACAAGAGUUUGCAAACAUGAUGCGAGGUAAUAGGGUUUAUAAACCAUCAAGAAGAGAAGAGACUGAUCUUGAAAGUGACUGAAGACCGAAAGUUGUGCAAGUAUCUUGGGCAGGCAAGGUCAUUCUCUUUGGCAGUAAUUAACAUCGAGAAGAGCUUCUCGGAUAUGUUUUCAGGGUUCUGUGGCAGUUGUUGAUCUGAACGGUCAAUCAGGACAGGAUGCCAAAGUCCAUCGGGAGGUUACCAUUGAAGAAACUAAUUGGCAUAGGAAAUAUGUUCUUACAUUCGUGGUUGAGCAGCUGGACUUGGACCUGCAUUGUGUCUUAACAUUUUUUUUUUUUUUUUUUUCCUUUUGCCAAACAAGGGUUUCUUUAAAAGAUGAAAGGCACAAUUUUUACCAAAGAAUAGGUUUCUUACUUUUAGAUUAAGAUCAAUUGGACAUUGGUUAAUUGCAAUUCAAAGAGAACACUAUCUCUUGCUGUGUUCUGAUUUCGAGCAAUUAGUGGAGAAGAAUAUGUUACUGAGAAGUAGAAAACUUUUUCAUAUAUUUUGUUCGAUAGAUUUUUUUUAAAAAAAAUUAUUUAUUUCUUUA